GGGAGGGAGGAGGGUACUGAGCUGAGAGAAAUCUGUCAGAUUCAAACACACUGCUCUCUCUGUGAGUGUGCGUGCGUGUGCUUGUGUGUGAGAGAGAGAAAGAGAGAGAGAGAGAGUGUGUGUGUGAGAUAGAAAGAACGAGGGAUGAGAAGAGAGGAGGAGAGGAGCUGAGGAGCAGAUAGAGACAGCAGAAGACCAUAAAGUCAGGACAGUUUACCUAUGGAUCAGCGUUCAAACCAGAGACCCAGGGGAUUCCAUGGACAAAGCGAACCCAACCGACUUCCCUGCUGAGGACAGCCAAUCGACAGUGAUGCUGAUGUGCAUGCAACUGUAGAUCUGCAAGGCCAAGGGGUCAGGGGUGAAACGUCACAGACUACAAAGCCAGAGCAGGCACUGAGGUCGAAAGGUUUCUGGAAAGGAGACUGUGAGGCGAAGAGAAGAAUCGGGGUUCAGGAAGAAAAGGGUCUCAUUGACAGACGAGGGUCAGGGGUUCAAAGAUGAUGACAGCACAUGCAAAGCUGAGGAGGGAGAAGGGGAGUCUCGCUGAGUAUGAAUCACAGAUGAAAGACCUGCGGGCCCAGCUGACAGACCAGAUCAAGAUUUUAGACUCUCAGGUGGAGGUGAAACAGCAGCAGCUCUCAGACCUCUCCGAGUUCCUCCGCCGCCGAGGAGACAUUGAGGCAGAAUAUGCUCGUGCUCUUGACAAACUCACAGAGAGGUUCACCCACAAGACUAAGAAGAAGGAGCAGUGGGGUCAGUCUGUGUGUCAGGUCUGGACCGUUUUGCUGACUCAGACGCGUUUAGAGAGUCGUGAACAUGCAGCGCUGGGUGACACCUGCUGCAACACGCUCACACAGCGGCUGGUGCACAGUACUGAGGAUACACACCGCCUGCACAAACGGAGCAAAGAAGUUGGUAUCCAGAUGCAGGAUGAGCUGCUAAAAGUCACCACUGAACUGCAGACGGCUCUGAAGACAUAUAACCAGUACCACACAGACUGCAUGAUAGCUGAGGGGAAGCUGAAGGAUGCCGAGCGGUUGGAGGAGAGACACACCGGAAAGACCGAGCUCGGCCCCGGCCCAUUAGUGGGACAGAGGCGAAGUUCUGUCAAGAAGAUGGAGAGAUUAAUGGAGAAGAGGCAAGGCAGAGUGCAGGAGAACCAGCUGAAGUGCACCAAGGCUCGAAAUGACUACCUGCUGAAUCUAGCAGCAGCCAAUGCAGCCAUGAACAAGUACUACCUGCAGGACGUCAGCACUCUUAUCGACUGCUGUGACCUGGGUUUCCAUCUGUCCAUGGAGAGGGUCAUGAAGUGCUACCUGACCUGUAAGUGGCGCAUCCAGAAGACGGAGGAAGCGGGGCUCAAGCAGCUGGAGUCUGCUGUGACAUCCCUGGACCAGGGUGGAGACAGGGAUGCGUUGCUACAGCAGCACGACACAGCCUUCUGCCUUCCAUUUAGAUUCAACUACCACCCGCAUGAGGGAGACCAGGUGUGUGAGGUGAGCGCGGAGAGCCAGGUGAGGUACGAGCUGGAGACCAGGUUCCAACAGCUUCAGUCUCGACUUGCUUCCGUUACCUUGGAAACAGAGGAGGUCAGCAAAACACUUAAAGCCACACUCACCGCCCUGCUGGACAGUAUGUGUGACAGCGACAGUAACCCCUCCCCGGAUGUGCCAAGCAGCCAAUCACAUGAGCCCCCCGUAGGAACCGCCGCACCAAAACUUACCCUUGCCAAGCGUCGAGCCAAUCAGCAGGAGACAGAGACCUACUAUUUUACAAAAGUGAAGGAGUUCCUCACUGGCAGUUCUCUGACUUCUAAACUUCAAGCCAAACAUGAUCUUCUACAUGAUGCCAUACAAAAAGCCGAGGCCGUCGACACUGACCCGUCCAGAACGCAAUGUGCUCGGUCAGUACGUGUACGGAAGUCCAGACCUGUUUCCCAAUUCUGCCACAAACUCUUCACCACAGACAUAGUCUCCUACAUAGAGAGCUCUGGGCAGCAGAUUCCUGUGGUGGUUGAAAGCUGCAUUCGUUUCAUAAACCUUCAUGGUCUCCACCAUGAAGGAAUAUUCAGAGUUCCUGGAUCGCAAAGGGAAGUUAACCUCAUCAGAGAUGCAUUUGAGAGAGGAGAGGAUCCUCUGUCAGACAGUGAGUGUGACCUGGACUCUGUGGCUGGUGUAUUGAAGCUUUACUUCAGGGGCCUUGAGCCUCCUCUCUUCCCUUACGACAGCUACUCUCAGCUGCUGGAGUGUGUCCAAACCGAGGCAUUGACAGAGAAAGCUGCCGAGAUUAAAGCGAUUGUCUCCACCUUCCCACGGCCUCUCCUCAUCGUAAUGCGUUAUCUUUUCGCAUUCCUCAAUCAUGUGUCUCAGUAUAGUGAUGAGAACAUGAUGCAGCCCUACAACUUAGCCGUUUGCUUUGGUCCGAGCCUGCUGAGGGGGGUGGAAUCUGAUGAUGCUGUUGCUAGGCAGCCACAGGUCAAUGACCUUGUCAAAACUAUGAUCCUCCAACAUGACACCAUCUUCCCUGGCCAAUCAGAACUACCAGGCCCUGUCUACGAGAAGCACAUGACACUGGAGCAGGAAUACUGUGAACCAAUCACAGAGGAAGGAGAUGGAGAGACUGAGCAUCUGCCCAAUGAGGAUGAGUUGGAGGCAGUGGCUAUGUUCGACUACACGGCCAGAUCUCAAGCCGAGCUGUCAUUCAAGCAGGGAGAGCUUCUUAUCCUUCACAGCAAGGCCUCAUCUGAUUGGUGGAGAGGCGAAGCAGGAGGGCUCAAGGGUCUCAUUCCUCACAAGUACAUCAGCUUGCUGGAAGGGUCAGAGCGAGGGAAAAGAGAGGAAGGAGGAGGAGGAGGAGGAGGAGGUGGCAGCACUGGAAAUCUGACAGUAGAAGAUCCACAGACGGAGAACACAACUCGGAUGCGAGUGAACAGUGACAGCGCUUCGUUGCCGGGGAGACAGAGAGGAAGUGAGGGGAGCCCCAAUCGAAAGCAGCCACCAACCUCCCCGGCCACACGUCACCUGCCAGUGUCUCAGGAGCGAAGACACACUUUGGACACUGUAAGACCAGGUGGCUUCAGACCCCCAGACAGACCUUCAUUUGUUCAGACAGAAAGACCAACCGUGGACAAGGAGAUGAUCAGUCGUCAGAUGAACUCUGUGUUCAAAGAACUCCUGUCUCGCCAGCCUCCCAUGCAGUCGCCCAACCUCGCCACCGCUGCUGCCCCUGCCACCCCUGCUCCCUCUUCUUCCUCCUCCUCCUCCACUUCCUCUCUUCCUCAAGCUGCCCCUUCUGCCAAAAAAGUAGGAUUCGGCCUGAGAGGACGGGCCCUUUUCAGACCAGUGGACUAAGACAGAGGAAAGGAUGACUGAAAUUAUUGAUUUAUUGUUUGACGAUGAACAAUAUGCUGAUGCCUAUCAUGCAUUUGGUGAAGAUCUUGGUUUAUUUUUAUGACACAUGUAUAAUAUUUGCGUCUCUGCCAUCUCAUAGUGCCACUAGUCUCAGUGCCGUAUUACAGUAUGUCUAGUGUGUCUGUUUUCCAGCUGGUUUUGGUCGUUUUUAUGUUUUGGUCUGUUUUUGUUCUCCAGGCUUUUGCAAUUUUUUGGAGAAUCAGGGAUGUGACAUCACCAGUGAUCACACCAGACGGACCAUUAAUAGUGGUUGCCAUUAUACUUACAUUUACAGCAAAAGACUUAAGCUGCCCCCUAGUGGCAGGUCUGAGAUCAGCUCCUCCUCAUAAUGUUUAUUUUAAAAAAAGAACAACUGAUCUCGGGCCUGUGUCUAGGAGUGCCUUCACGCAUUUGAACUCCUCACAUUAAUUUCACUUGAAAAGACCUGCUAGGUCUGAACCCUGCAUUUAUUGUGUUACAAAAAUAGUGAUCCAAGAAGAUGUUUGCUGGGAAAACUGUAUGCAGUGGGGUCAAUAUUUUAUAGCAGCAUGCAGUGUUAGCACACAGAGAAGACACACACACACACACACAUGGAAAAAACACAUUCCCCUUCAUAUGUGAUACAUGGCCUGACGCACAGGCCAAAACUCAGGGCUUUUGCAGAGUUAGAGACGGGCUAACUCAGGUUUGGCUUUGAAGGAAUAAGUUAGAGAGUUUUCUCACUCAGGGCUUUGGUUGACUUGCUUUUUCAACUGGAAACUGUGCCCUAGCCUCAAGAGCCAAAAUGGCCCCCCCAUAUCAGAGGAUUCGGCGAGUUCCUCUGCUUUUUAAACUGUGAACGCAACGGCACCAUUUUGGAGCCACAAUCGAAAAACUCUUGUCUCGUUCAUCCAUGCAUUCUGCCCCCCCCCCCCCCCCCCCCCCUCCUUUGACAAAAUAUAGCACCAUCCACACAUCCCAUUCAAAUGUGUUUGAGGAUUUUUUGAAAGUGAGGUGUACAAUGUUAAUUACUUUGACUCCAAAAGCAUUGGAACUGUUUUACAUAUAUGGCAUCUCCCUUCUGUCGUGUUUCAGUAUCGGAAACAUAGAAGUAGUCUUUUUUUCAAUGGAAUCUGCUUCUAUGAUUAAAACACCAUGUUAUUCUGGAUCACUGUUUGAGGAUGUCACUAAAUUUACUGUGUCAAAUUGUAUAUGUGGUUAAAAAAAUAUGAAUACAAUAAAGAUGAUAAAGUGAUGAA